AUUGAGAGUGUGUUAUAAAAUGUAUAUAAAUCUAUUUCCACACUAACAAAGUCUGAUUCUUACAACCUAUAGAACUUGUUACAACUAGCAAGCCUAUUUAUUGAUUUAAUGUAAUUCAAAAUAUUCAAAAUGGAUUAUUAAGUAGGCCAACUGAUUAUACAUAAUCUUCCAAGGAAUACUGACGACAAGAUCAGUUUAUUCAGCUUUACCUAGUUCGUGUUUUCUGUCACAGAAGACAUUGGUUUCUGUUUCUGUAACUCAGAAAAUGGUCAGGAAAGACAAAAUGCAACUUACUGUAGAAAGAUCAUCCAAAUUAGAAAAUGCUUUCCUCUACCCUAGUGACAAGUUAUCUUGGUCAGAAUGACACAUUGUCACCUCUGAUCUGUCAUCUCCAACCUCCUUUAUACAUUCCAAAGGAUCAACAGACCCAGGGAAGACAAAUUCAUUUCUUUCCAUAAGGAUUUGACUGCUGGAGUUGUCUUCCAAGGAGUGACUUUCAGCUGCAGCUGUUACCUGUUAACAUACUUGGAGCUGAAAGGCAGCUUUGAUGGCAGAGUUGUACUUAAUUAUAAGCACUAGUGGAUUUAUUUUUAAAAAACUGUUCUUUUGUCCAUAUUAUCUUAAUAUAUAAAUAGAAAGAAAAGUUUAAUUAGUUAAGGAAGAAAUUUGAGCCAGGUCUCAGUUCAAACAUUUGAUCCAUGAAAGUGUAACCUAAGUAGUGGUUAUUGUCACCUUUUGAAUCCUUUAUAAGACAGAGUGACAAGCCAGAGUCAGCAUUACAAUUUUGCCUGGUAUCUCCUCGGCUACUUUUCCUUUACCUAGCUGAGAAAACUCUAAAGGUUUAAAAUGAGCCUUACAGACAUUCUAUGCCCUUCUGACAUUGCUGCUGCUCUGCGGGACUGCCAAGCUCCAGAUUCCUUUAGUCCCAAAAAAUUCUUUCAGAUCAGUGGGAUGUCUAAAAAGAGUAGCAGCCAGCUCAAGGAGAUCUUCCGGAUUCUCGACAAUGAUCAAAGUGGCUUUAUUGAGGAAGAUGAGCUCAAGUAUUUCCUUCAGAGGUUUGAGUGUGGAGCCAGAGUGUUAACCACCUCAGAAACCAAGACCUUCUUGGCAGCUGCAGAUCAUGAUGGGGAUGGUAAAAUCGGGGCUGAAGAAUUCCAGGAAAUGGUGCAGGCUUAGAGGUUCAAAAGGACCAAACAAGAUAGAAUUGGGAUGAAUCUGCAUGAGACACUCCCAAACCUUGAAAAUCAGGAGUCCCUUAUUUAUCUUGACAGUGUCUGUUACUUUUCACUGCCUUAGCAACAUAAUGAAACACUGAUUACUGAUUUUUUCAUUGUGUGGACUAUUUACCAUGUUUUAACCUCUAUUUUAGCAGACACUUCCCUUAAAAAUAUCCAAUAAAAAUUAAUCGUAUACUGUA